AGACUUUUCCGUGAUUCCCUAUUUCAUAUUAUUGUCGUAAACGUAAAACUUUCGAAGCUUUCGAAAGUCGCUGUAGAGCCUCUCCUCCUCUCCUCCUCUCUUCCAUCUGUAACCUAUACGCAAAUCUCGCAUCUAUGAGUCUUCUCAACUAACUACAUACAUUCAUUUUUCACCCUCGAUCCUCAAGGUUUCCUACGAUACCACCUAAUACCCUCAAUUCCUCCCUCCAAAUUUGCCGCAUGCCUCUCGAAUCAUCUUGAUCCUUUCGUCCUACAUAGGUUACCUGAGGAGUAAUCUUGCAGAUCCUUAACUCGCACACAUCACCAUAAACGUGUCAAUAUGGCGAGUCGCAAGAUGCUAUCUUUCAAGAGGGCUAUAGUCUUCGCAGUAUUCUUCCUAAUAGCAUUUAUACUACUUCGACGAUCCCAUACCAACGCCAGCGAUCCCGAACCUUUUCGCAAACCCCCGCCGAAGCCUGCAGCCGCAAACGAUCAACAUGCCGGAGCGAAGCAUGAUCCCUCUACCACCUCUUAUACUCCAGAGACCGAUACAGUCUUAAAAGACAAGCCUGUCCCCGCCCAGAAGGCUAUCCAGGAUAUGUCCAAGAUGUCCUUGUAUGAUAAGUUAGCAUACCAAUACCCGUAUGAUGUCGAGUCAAAGUUCCCUGCCUACAUUUGGCAGACCUGGAAAUGGACACCUGCGAAUGGCGAAUUCAACUUCCGAGACCAGGAAGCUUCUUGGACAAUGCAGCACCCCGGAUUUGUACACGAAGUCAUCACUGAUCAAGUUGCUGUACACUUGAUCAGAUUACUAUAUGCCCCUGUUCCUGAAGUUCUCGAAGCGUACAAUGCGUUACCUCAGCCCGUGCUAAAAGCCGACUUCUUCCGUUAUCUGAUCCUGCUCGCUCGUGGCGGAAUUUACUCCGACAUUGAUACGUUUGCCAUCAGGAGUGCCUUGGAAUGGAUUCCAGAUUCUGUGCCCAAGGAGAGUAUUGGUCUGGUUAUUGGUAUUGAGGCGGACCCCGACCGACCGGACUGGAAGGAAUGGUACAGUCGACGGAUUCAAUUCUGCCAAUGGACUAUCCAAUCAAAACCGGGCCAUCCAGUUUUACGCGAUCUUGUUGCACGUAUCACCCAAGAAACUUUGAAACGAAAACGUGAAGGUCUGUUCGUAUCAAAAGAGAAGAGUGUGGUAGAGUUUACCGGACCCGCCGUUUGGACCGAUACCAUUUUCGACUACUUCAACGACCCACGUUAUUUCGACAUGAAAACCAGCCAGGGCAACAUUUCGUAUUUGAACUUCACAGGAAUAGUUAGCCCGAAGAAGGUCGGUGAUGUUGUCGUGCUUCCGAUCACGAGUUUUUCGCCAGGUGUCCAACAGAUGGGGGCAAAGGAUUACGAUGAUCCUAUGGCAUUCGUGAAGCAUGAUUUCGAAGGCACGUGGAAGCCCGAGAGCGAACGGCACAUAGGUGCGACGGGUUAGGGGCUAUUAAUUGCGCCUUUAAUGCCCUAGAUCACUUAAACUAUCGCCCGUGAUCCUUCGAGAGAUUAGCUUUUAUCCAAAUAAAAGCCAUUUCCACCGAUUGUUGGAAAUCAUCGGCUCAAUAGU